AGGAGGAAGAGGAUGAAGAGAUGGCCGUUCUGCACUACGAGAGACAGAUCACGGAGCUGCUGGUGGUCAUUCUCGAGUUGAACAGAAAGAUCGACAGACUGACACUCACCAGCUGCCGGGAAGAUGAAGAAUACCUGGACACCGGCUCUGAUCUCAGUGACCACCAGUCCCUGGAGACAAGUUCGCUCCAGCUGCCGGACUGGGACCACGUGGCACAGUCCACCUACCCAGGGCAGCCAUGUCAGACAUCAAUGCCAACAGCAGGUGAACCCUGCGACCUCUCGCGGACUCUGCAUCGGGUGCUGACAGAAAUCGAGGACGGAGUGCGCACACGGAAAGCUGAAAUCCCACCGCGGGGAGAUGACUGUGAGGCAGAGGAGGAAGCUCGUACCCGAUGGGAGCUGGUCACACAGACAAUCGAGGAGGUGGAGCGGGGCCUGGGUGUGGGCCUGAGCCCAGAGCAACAAGAGGAGAGGACCCAGAGGGAGGAGGCCAUGGAGUGCCUGAGAGCGAGGAACCAGCAGCUGAGGGAGCGGCUCCAUGGGAAGGAGCAGGAGCUGACGGUUGCCACGGUGGCCGUCGGGAGGAUUCAACUCGAGAGGGACCGGCUCCGGCUGAAGGCUGAUGAAUUGCUGUCCAGUCUGCAUGAUGUGCAGCAGGUUGAGUCGGCCCCUUCGUCUCCCAGUAGUGUGGGCAGAGCUGGCUACAACCCCAUCAGCAACGAGCCCGGGAUGACAGCCAACAAAGUUCCCAGCUUUGUCUUUGAACAGUUGAUGCGGACAUUCCAGGAUUGUACCGUUCCAGGAGUCCGGAAGAUUUCUCGAUUCUUUCAGGUGCAUGGAUCCAACGUGACGGGUGUCGGGAUCCGGGAUUCCGAAAUGGAAGCCGCUCAGCUGAGGAAUUCCAUCGACGAGUGGAAGGAGGGUAACGAUCUGCUUUCCAGGGUCCUGCAGCAGUGCAAGGGCGACUGCGAGAGACUGAGUAUGUUGCUGAGCAAACACGAGUCCAACAGCACGGCGCUGCACCUUGCCCUCCAGUACAGUGAGGAUUGUAUCGACACUUACGGAAAGCUUCUGGUGAAGGUUGGAUCUAUGGAGACAAAACCGGAUGCAGGAGAGCCAGAGGCUGAUGACAGUGUUGCCCAGCUGAGAGGAGACAUUGUGGGGCAGAGGCAGGGCUUCACUGCCAUGAAGCAGACCAUCCUCGGCCUGCAAGGCAUGUCUCCGGACCUGAAGCGCUACCAGCGAGCUGAGGCUGAGGCCGAGGCUGAGGCUGGGCCUGCACGCCGUGAGAUGGUGCCAGCGACACAGGACCCGCUCUCGCCCGCCUUCAGCUCACGGUCACCGGGGAUGCUUCAGCGCCAGAGCAAAGGGAAGGAAGAGCAGCAACAGGAUCUCCUGACCGUCAGGGAAGAUAUGUCCUGGUUGAAAGGCCAGCUGAGUUGGAUGAAGAAGGAGAAGAAAGGCUUGGAGCAGACGUUGCGAUCUCAGGAGCCUCAGGACGAGGCUGUAAUCCUUCUCCUCACACACUGGAAAGAGGAACGAGAUGUCUGGCUGCGGGAGGAACCCAGAACAGACCGAGCCAGAAAGGAAACCAAACCGGUGCCCACGCCUACAACAUACGAUGAACAGCUGGCGGCAGAACUCUCAAUGAUCUCUGUCCGGGAGAGGCAUCUGAGAGAUCAGGUUGAGGAGCUGGCUGCUUCACUGGGAAGGCAAAUAGAAAAUAACAACAUUCAGAAGGACCAGUCUGAAGAGCUGGCCAUGGAGCUGAAGAGAACUCACAGCAAUCUGUCCGCCACCUUCAGAAGCACCAAAAGGAAAUCCGAGGGCCAGCUGCGGAGACUGGAGAGGCAGGUGGAGGCCAUGUCCGAGCGCCAGGCUGCCCAGCUUCAACUACUCCAGCACAGACUGCUGACCCUUCAGGUCAAGACGGACCGCUCCAGUGGCACGCCAUUGUAGCAGAGAUCUGAAGACCACACCUGGACACCUCCGGACCUUGCGCACAAACACCGCUUGACUAUCAUCGCAGAACAUGCCAAGUUUGUGAGAGAGCGCCGGUAGGAGAGACCAUGGGUCGGUGGAGUCCAUGAGAUGGAAUUCUCUGCCGCAGAAGGCAGUGGAGGCCAAUUCACAGGAUGUAUCCAAAAGAGAGUUAGAUAUAGAUAACGGAAUCAAGGGAUAUUGGGGGGAAAAGCAGGGACGGGGUACUGAUUUUGGAUCAUCAGCCAUGAUCAUAUUGAAUGGCGGUGCUGCCUCGAAGUAGGUGCUGGCCUACUCCUGCACCUGUUUUCUAUGUUUCUGUGAUAAGGGAGAGUGCUACUGGUCUUAGGGAGUAGGUGUGAGGUUUGAGGGUUGGGUCAGGCAUGGUCAAGCAUCUGUGGAGAUGAUUCAAGGAAGAAAGUUCAUGGGCCACGGACUGUUCAUGAAGAGGUGAAAGCAAUGUCAAAUGGAGAUUUAAUAAAUAGAAAA